AUGAUGGCUCCGGCAUUUGUGGAACCGUGUGUGCAGACAGGAACUGUUCCAUCAGACUGUCAUCCCAGCGAGCCAGAGCCUGGUUCCUCAGAUGCAGGAUCUUCUCAUGAGGAGCAGGAUUCUGCAUCACAGAUGGGUCUACUUCCGGAAACCAGCGUUGUCAUUAAAACUGAGGUGUGUACGGAGUCAGGUGUGGUGGAGCCAUGUGUUGAGACUGUAACUGUUCCGCCUGAAUGGCUUCCCAGCGGGCCAGAAGUGGGUUCAGUCUUCUACAUUCAGCCCAGUGACGACGCAGACCCUCCUGUGGCGGUCUACUACAUACCCUCGCUAGGUCCCUCAGAGGCAGCAACAGCGCACCAGCACCAGGCCCAGGAUAUUACAUCAUCAUCACAGGAUAUUACAUCAUCACCAUCAUCAUCAUCACAGGAUGUUGCAUCAGAGAAUCCUAUCCUGAGCCAUGAGCCAGAGACAAACAUUGUCAUUAAAACUGAGAGCAGCGAGAUCCCAGUAAGCGUCUUCCUGUCUUGUGCACCGGAGGGCUGCCCAGCUGUUGUCCCAAUGGGAGACAAUCUAGCAGCUGACGUCACAAUGGGGGACGUUGCUCCUGCAGAUGAUGUUCCAAAUGAGAAUCCUAGUGGUGAUGCUGCUGAGCCGGCGUCACCGGAGGAGGUGGGACGCGCCGUUCUCUCGGUCACGCUACAAGACUGCCAAGGGAUAGUCGGAGACGACGCACGGCGUCAGGGUGAUGACAGCCACUGUGGCAACCACCCAGAAAAUGACGGCGUCUACUACUACACGGACCCUUCAGAGAUCCUCACUGUGCUGGAAGAGGGCCUCAUCCCGCCGGUCGAGGAACCGUGGAGCCCACGGAGAGGACGACCCAAGGGAAACACCACGUCCGGCAAACGCCACAAGUGUUCAGAGUGCGGAAAGAUGUUCUCAUUCCCAAGCCAGCUUUCAUAUCACCAAAGGGCACACGCCAGAAAAAAGAGUCCCAUCACCACCAUCACUGUGCUGGAAGAGGGCCUCAUCGCGCCGGUCGAGGAACCGAGGAGCCGACGGAGAGGACGACCCAAGGGAAAAACCACGUCCGGCAAACACCACAAGUGUUCAGAGUGCGGAAAGAUGUUCUCAUUCCCAAGCCAGCUUUCUCAUCACCAAAGGGCACACGCCAGAAAAAAAAGUCGCGGUUUUGAAUGUGAUGUGUGUGGGAAGAUUCUUGCCACCCGAGAGAGUCAAAGUGUUCACAAACGACUGCACACAGACGAAAGGCCCUAUGCCUGCCAACAUUGCAACAAAGCAUUCAGACAAGUAGGGGGUCUCAUCCAGCACCAGAAAUCUUGUCACUCGGAGCCCAAUGGAACACCCGCUACUACUACUACUACUACUACUACUACUACUACUACUACUACGAAGGCAUAUAGCUAUCCUCCAUCUCCUUGUAAAUGUGACAUAUGCGGGAAAAUCAUUUCAAGCCGGGGCAACCUAGCCAUUCACAAAAGGAUUCACACGGGCGAAAGGCCUUAUGCCUGCAAUCAUUGCGACAAAACCUUCAAACAAUUGAGCGGCCUCAAACAACACCAGAGACUCCACAGAGAGCAGCCGCAGCAGCAAGAUGGCGGUGGGAGGAUGCUUACCGGGAAAGGAGAACGGGGCCCUUUCGAAUGCGACGUGUGCGGGAAAGUCAUUUCGACCCGGGGGAAUCUAGCCACUCACAAAAGGCUUCACACGGGCGAAAAGCCCUAUGCCUGCGAACAUUGUGACAACAGUUUCACACAGUACAUCCAGCUGGCAACACACCUGAACAAAACUCACUUGCAGAAUAGUCAAUGAAGGCCUACGAGACAUUCUUACACAUAGCAGACACUUUUAUCCAAAGCGCGCUACAUUUAGUUUACAGGGUGUAUGUUUCAGUCCCUGGAGCAAUAUGGGGUUUGGGAUCUUUCUCAAGGGCAGUUCAAGCAUUAUACUGUAUGGAGGUGUAGGGAGGAGAGGUAAGGGUGGGAUUCGAACCUGCAACCCUCUGCUCCUUAAUUAGGCCACCAUGGCUGACCCUUCCUGGAACGAGACCAAGCAGAGAUGGCUACUUGACCCCCCCCCUGACCAAUACUAGAGGGGCAUGUGAAAAGUGAAAAAAAAGUUGAAAGCCCAAUAUUGGGGAAACUCCAACUCCCAUUGUAAUUGUGACACAGCACUCCACAGCACACAAGUGAAUACUGCACACAACAAAAUUGCAUUUAUGCAUCACCCGUGCAAGGGGGCAGCUCUCAAUGGCGCCCCGAGGGAGCAGUGCGGUGGGAUGGUACCAUGCUCAGGACACCUAAGUCAUGAAGGAGAAUGGGUAAUGUGAUGGCUAGAGCUGUGUGUGAGGAUUCUUUCUAACAUCCUGAGUGCGUUUUAAUAUGCGACCUUGCCUCCUCCACUUGCUUCUCGUCAUGAUGACAUCACUGACAACAGCAUUAUAUUUCAGUAUCUUGCAAAAACUCAAUUGUAAAGUCUUUUUCUCAUUUGCAAUUGGGAUGGUGAAUGAAAAACAUUCCCUCAAAGGUUGUUGUGGCGAGGCUGACAGCUGGGAAACUGUAUCGUUUUCUCCACGGAGGAGGGGCCAGGAGGCGGGACGAGGAGACAAGCACAAGUGGAGGAGGCAAGGUCACAUAUUGGGAUGCACCCCCUAACUCCCGUCCUCACUACCUGUGACCUCGUGAUGACGUCACUGACAACAGAAGUGUAUUUCAAUAUCUCACAGAAGCGCCAUUCUAAUGUCAUGUUCUGAUUUGCGAUCGGGAUGUGGUGUCCAUGUCCAUGAAGCAGGGUGGAGUGAUGCUGAGAGUGUGGGUGUGUGAGUGAGGGAAAUGUGAGCCUGCUGAAAAGUGGUCAUCAGAGUCAUUUUCAGAGUCGUUGUUAAGUGUGGGCGGGCUGGGGGGAGGGCUGAUUGGGCAUUAGAGGUGUCAAGAUAAUUGCCUCCCCCGAUGCCAAAGUUGCCAAACUGGUGGUAUAUACAGUAUAAAGUUCAGGGCCCUGUUUCUUAAACCCGUUGUUGCUAACUAGUUAGCAACUUAGUAGGUUGGAAAUGGGAAAUUGCAUUGCAACCAAAUAAGUUGCUAACGUAGGUAGCAACGACACUGUUGAGAAACGCACUCCUGAUGCUGUUACGUGCUUGGCACCCCCUGAAGAUGGACACACACCCCCACCCACACCAGACUGCCUCCUGGGGUCAUGUAACUAAAAGAGACUGCUGGUGAAUAUGCUCUUGUCAUGUACUAAUAAUAUCUAUGAGGGAAAAAAAUCCAUUCAGGUGUGUAGAAGUGUCAUUGUAUUCAAAAGAGGGCACACAGACACACAAAAAAUCUUACACAAAGCAAGUAGGCCUACUGUUACAAACAGUUCAUGGAAUGGUUAUGUUGUAUGAAGGCGUACAUUCACAUUUUUAAUGCAAUUAGGUCCUUUGCCUUAUAUGUUUUUACAGUUCCGUUGUCAUUUGUCGUGCAGAGCACAUUUAAGUAUUAUUUGAUAGAUCUGUGAUGACAGCCAGGGCUGUAGUCAAGUCCACCUUUGUAGAGUCCAAGACAAGUCCAAGACCAAAAUAGUCAAGUCCGACACAAGUCUGAGUCCAAAGAGAUUCGAGUCCGAGACAAGACAGAGUCCAAAAAGAUUCGAGUCCAAGUCAAGUCCGAGUCACAUGUCGGUCAGUGUUACACAAUGAAAAGCAUGAAUAUCAAUAAAGCGGAUGUUUGAAGGUAA